UGGGAGCGCCCGGGGCCCGCAAAGGAGGAGGUGGCUCAGGAGUCGGGGCAGACCGUGGGAACCGGCCCCGGGGGAGGCGUGGAAAGGCGGAGCGCGGGACUCGACCAGUCUCUCCCGCGCCGAUCGCAAAAUCUCAGAACUGAAACAGCCAGUUGUUCGCAGCUUCCCUCUGACCCGCCACCCUGGACAUUGUUUUCCAUUCGCCCGGGUCGCGGGUGGGAGGCGAGGCACGCCGGGGUUCUGGAGCUUGGCCGCGCGCCAGGCUUGUGGCCUUCGUCCCCUGAGGCCACUGGGGCGGCCACGCCUCUCCCGCAGGAGGAGAGAACGCGUGGGUCUGGGUGGCUGCUCCGGCCCUCCCGCCUCCAGCUCGGCCAUGGGGUCGCGCAGCUCCCACGCGGCCAUUCCCGACGCGGACAGUAUUCGGCGAGAGACCGGCUUCUCCCAAGCCAGCCUGCUCCGCCUGCACCACCGGUUCCGGGCACUGGACAGGAACAAGAAGGGCUACCUGAGCCGCAUGGAUCUCCAGCAGAUAGGGGCGCUGGCCGUGAACCCCCUGGGAGACCGCAUUAUAGAAAGCUUCUUCCCCGACGGGAGCCAGCAAGUGGAUUUCCCAGGCUUUGUCAGGGUCCUGGCUCAUUUUCGCCCUGUAGAAGAUGAGGACACAGAAACCCAAGACCCCAAGAAACCUGAACCUCUCAACAGCAGAAGGAACAAACUUCACUAUGCAUUUCAGCUCUAUGACCUGGAUCGUGAUGGGAAGAUCUCCAGGCAUGAGAUGCUGCAGGUUCUCCGUCUGAUGGUCGGGGUACAGGUGACAGAAGAGCAGCUGGAGAACAUCGCUGACCGCACGGUGCAGGAGGCUGAUGAAGAUGGGGAUGGGGCUGUGUCCUUCGUGGAGUUCACCAAGUCCUUAGAGAAGAUGGACGUUGAGCAAAAAAUGAGCAUCAGGAUCCUAAAGUGACUCCGUUUGUGCCUUGGGCUUGCUCCUGCAACCAGUAUCUCCUUGGAAUUCAUCCAAAGCCCACAUGGACGCAGGACGCCAAUAAACUGUAUUCUUGCUUCUACCUCUAUUUAGGGCCAAGGGAAGAAAGCUGGAAGGAUGUGUACUAAAGUCUAGCUCAGCAGUCCCCAGCCUUUUUGGCAUCGGGGACAAUUUUUCCACGGAUGGGUGACAGGGGAUGGUUUUGGGAUGAUUCAAGUGCAUUACAUUUAUUGUGCACUUUAUUUCUGUUAUGAUUA